GCGUGCGCUGCGAUUCAGUUUGUAAUCGCCCGUCCGUACGUGCAUGUUACAAGUUCGUAUAUAUAGCUGGUGAUCACGCAUUUGAUUGCUUGACGUAGAGACUGAAUCAUCGCUAAUCGCCCGCGUAUCGCUCUCGUGCUGCCUCGUGGCCCGCCUCGCGUAUUCCGCGAUCGCGCUCCCCAUAACAUUUCGACUGUUUCGGCGGGUCCUUGAUAAUGGCCGCGACCAUGGAGCAUUACGACGGCUUUCGCACCUUCUCCUGGCUGUCGGAUUACGUCGGCUUGCCAAUCGACCAGGUAAAUUUCGUCUUGACGCAAUUCACAGCGCUUAUACUAGCCGGAUUAUUAAGAUCAUCUUUGAGUCCCAUCGCCGCCAGUCCAGCUGCCAGACAUGUCUACGGCCUCACUAUUGGCCUUGCUCUUGGAUAUUUUUGUUUCGGCAGGCAAGCAAUUCAUCUCGCUGGUCUUCCCGCGCUGUGUUACAUAGCGAUACGCACACAAAAUCCACAUAACAUGCAGAGGGUCGUCCUCGCAGUAGCGUUGAUCUACUUAUCGUGCAUUCACUUUCAUCGACAGAUCUAUGAUUACGGCUCGUACACGCUCGACAUCACCGGUCCUCUCAUGGUUAUAACGCAGAAAGUAACUAGUCUAGCGUACAACAUUCACGAUGGGCUAACGCGACGCGAAGAGGAGUUGACACCGAUGCAGCGUUAUCAGGCUGUACAGAAAAUGCCAACCACGUUGGAAUAUUUUAGCUACGUCUUUCACUUUCAAGCACUGAUGGCUGGCCCAGUGAUAGUUUAUCGCGAUUACAUCGAUUUUAUACACGGACAUCAUUUGCCUGGCGCGAAAUCUUUAGCGGGUUUCUACGACAAAAAUACCAAAGAAAAGGAGAUUAUUUUAGAGCCAUCGCCUACUUUGAUUGUCGUGAAGAAAGUCACAAUGAGUUUAGCAUGCGCUAUUAUAUUCAUCACAUUUAUUCCAACUUAUCCAAUACAGCGGGUAAAAGAGGACGGUUUCCUGAAAAACACAAGUAUGCUUUACAAAAUAUGGUACUUAAUAGUGGCAACCAUGCUCGUACGCUUUAAGUACUAUUACGCGUGGUUGUUCGCCGAUGCCAUAUGCAACAGUUCCGGUCUCGGAUUCAACGGUUACGACGAGCGUGGCAACGCGAAUUGGGAUUUAAUAUCUAAUGUCGACGUUUGGAAAUUUGAGACGUCGGUUAAUCUUAGAGAUAGCAUCGACAGCUGGAACAAGGGCACAAAUUUGUGGCUUCGAUCGAUCAUGUACGAACGAAGUGGCCGCAACAAAAUUCUCUACACAUACACUCUUUCCGCUGUCUGGCAUGGUUUCUAUCCCGGCUAUUACCUCACGUUUGCGAGCGGAGCAUUCUUCACUGUUGCGGCGCGCUCUAUCCGUCGUCAUAUCCGGCCAUUGUUUCUUGAUUCUCAACGAAAGAAGUUCCUUUAUGAUAUAUUAACAAUCAUAACGACGAGGAUUGUAAUGGCCUAUAUGACGUUCAGCUUCGUACUGUUGGAGUUCGUGCCAAGCGUCAAAGUGUACCUGUACUUGUACCUGCUCCCGCAUUUAUUGGGUUUGGUCGCAAUAUUACUUCCGCCCCGCUUGGGACUGUCGCGAAAGACGCACAAGCGGUCGGCUGCGAAGACCGAGACUGAUCUUUCCGAUGCGGUUAGCAACGGAAACGCGCACAAAACAAUGUAGUCUUCUGAUCGCGACGUUACGAAAGAUGAUAUUUUUUAUGAAUGUUUUUAAUAUAUAUAUUAUAUAUAAAUAUAUGUAUAUCUACAUCUAUAUACAAUAUUUCUUGUUACAGCGCAUUACAGAUGUGAAAGUCUAUCGAUAAUGUUUCGCGCGCACAUGUUUUAUGUCAAACAUUACCGAAAUCAACGUAUCGUUUUUAUAUAUGAUGGAUAAAUUUGAUGGAGAAAUUUUGUAUUUCGCCUAAAUACAUGGCCGUUUUAUCUAUGA